GCUCUACCGUACGCCUCACCUGAGCCCUAGCAAAUUCCAAGCUUUUCAUUGCCAAGGGUUUCUUAUUGGCCAAAAAAAUAUCCCAGCGUUUCUUUCUUUCCUUUUCCUUCGUAGUUGGUAAAUAAUCAUCUUAAACCAUCAUUUUUUCUCUUUGGAUUUAAAAAAAAAAUUUAAUUACCAUUUGGUUCCCUGUAAACCCGAAGGAGGAAAAUCUAUGAACUUUGGCAGCGUCACAUUGGUUUCGCUUAUACAACGUCAUUCCAAUUACUUCAUGUAGAUGCAAAUGUUGCGUGGAAGAAAUUAGAAAAAUGAAGUUAUUUGGCGAUUCUUGCCUCUGGCCAGCUGAUAAAUGAACUAUUUGCUUGAGAAAGAACAUAAUGGAGAACGCAUCUAGUCAAGGGAUAGAUUCAGAUGAAAGUGUAAGGUGUUUGCAAGUCGAAAACUUUGAUGAACAAGAAUUGGUUGAUCAUGGGAUUUCAGACAACAUAGAUUUAUGCUUGGGAGAAGUUGACAAGAUUAUAGAAGAGUCUAGUGAGGGUUUACCUUUUUUACGCAAUGCUGCAGAGCCCUAUAUUGGCAUGGAGUUCAAGUCAAGAGAUGCUGCAAGGGAAUUUUAUAUUGCUUAUGGCAGACACAUUGGUUUUACUGUACGAAUCCAUCAUAAUCGACGUUCACGGAUAAACAAUAGUGUAAUUGGUCAAGAUUUUGUUUGUUCGAAAGAAGGUUUCCGUGAAAAGAAAUAUAUGUAUAGAAAAGACAGGGUUCUUCCUCCCCCACCUAUCACCCGAGAAGGCUGCCCUGCAAUGCUGAGGUUGGCUUUAAGGGAUGGUGUAAAAUGGGUUGUUACCAAAUUUGUAAAGGAGCAUAAUCAUUCAUUAAUGUCACCUGGAAAAGUGCCAUGGCGAGGGUCCACCAAAAAUUUGAUCACUGAGGAUGAGAAGGAUCAGAGAAUACGAGAACUGACACAAGAGCUGAACAACGAGAAACAAAAAUGUAAGCGGCGAUGCGCAGCUUACCAGGAACAGUUACGCACGAUAUUGAAAUUUGUUGAGGAACAUACAGAUCAAUUGUCAAAAAAGGUUCAAGAUAUGGUCAAGAACAUAAGUGAACUGGAAGAGGAACGGCUGGAAGAUUCAGAUUGCAGAUAUGUUUAGUCUAUCUUCUUGCUAAGUAAAAAAUGUCUAAAACAUUGUACAAUCCCUUAUUCCACCCUUUGUUUAAAUUCAUCCAAUGGUGAUUUUACUAAUGCAAACAGAAGUUAAUUUGGCCCUUCCCCUUCA